AUGGCGAUCAGUAGCGCACAGGUGGAAGUCGAGUUCGCCAAAUGCGAAUGCUGCGGAUUGACAGAGGAAUGCACGCCCGCUUACAUAGCUAGAGUUCGUGAGAGGUACCAAGGCCGAUGGAUUUGCGGUCUGUGUGCCGAAGCUGUGAAGGACGAGAUUUUUAGAUCGGAUAGGCAUAUCAACGCCGAAGAAGCCUUGAAUCGACACAUGAACUUUUUGCAGAAGUUCAGACAUUCGAGUCCUCCGACUAACCCCGCCGAGCAUCUGAUAUCCGCCAUGAAGCAGCUUUGCCGGAGGAGCUUGGAUUCUACGAGAUUCCUGAAGUCGACUCCGAGUAUUCCUCUCAGAAAGGAAGAGCAGGUUCGUCGUUCGUCCCUCUCUCGAUCCGGAAGCUGCCUCCCAGCUUUGGCUCGUUGA